AAUGCAGCUGAAAAGCUAAAAGAAGAAAUGACAAGCGAAGGGGAUGAUGCUAUGAAUAAGGAAAACUCAACAUGGAAAUAGUAAUCGCUUUAUGGGGAAGGUAACCGCCACAACAACUCCUCUGUUCUUCCAAUCAAAGCUCCUCUGUAUUUCUCUUCUGUAUCUUUUCACCACCCUUUUCCUUGCUCUCUACCAGUCUCGCUCCCCAACCAAAUGCCUUUUCAGAUCCUCUCCUUUCGAUCCAAUCCAAACCCCACUCUUCUCUUACCCUCCUUCUUAUGGAGAACACAAGUAUGCUCUCCCCACCCACCGCUCUUCUUGUUCCUCCCCUGUUUUUUUCUCUGAUUAUGGAAUGGUGGUGGAUGAGAUCCAUAAUUUGUGUAAGAAUUCUUCAGCUUUUUUACCGGCUCUGAGGUACUUACAGGGGAAAGGUGACACUUUUGGUGGAAGUUUGAGUACCCAGAAGAGAAUUUCUUAUUUUAAUCAUUCCAAUAAUGGUAUGAAAGUCCCUUGUGGAUUUUUAAAGAAUUUCCCAGUUAGCAAUUCCGAUAGAAUUGCCAUGGAAAGCUGCAAUGGAGUUGUUGUAGUAUCUGCAAUCUUCAAUGAUCAUGACAAAAUCCGGCAACCGGUAGGACUUGGAUCCAAAACCCUAAAGAGUGUAUGUUUCUUCAUGUUUAUAGACGAUAUAACUCUUAAAGGACUUUAUUAUCACAAACUAAUCCCACAAAACUCAACUGGCUAUAAAGUCGGGGUUUGGAGAAUCGUUAAAGUUUCUUCCAAGAAACUGUAUGAGAAUCCUGCAAUGAAUGGAGUAAUUCCAAAAUACUUGGUUCAUAGACUUUUUCCAAACUCGAAGUUCAGCAUUUGGAUAGACGCUAAGCUUCAGCUAAUGGUGGAUCCUUUGUUGUUGAUACAUUCUCUUGUUGUAUCAACGAACGCAGACAUGGCUAUAUCAAAGCAUCCAUACUAUAUUCAUACUAUGGAAGAAGCUAUGGCGACGGCAAGGUGGAAGAAGUGGUUGGAUGUUGAUGCCUUGACCAGGCAAAUGGAGACAUACUGUGAAAAUGGGCUGCAGCCAUGGACUCCCGAUAAGCUCCCCCAUACCACAGAUGUACCAGAUAGUGCAUUAAUCUUGAGGAAACAUGGAUUGAGAAGCAAUCUUUUCUCCUGCCUUUUGUUCAAUGAGUUGGAAGCAUUUAACCCCAGAGACCAACUGGGUUUUGCAUUCGUGAGAGAUCAGAUGAACCCAAAGAUCAAGUUGAACCUGUUUGAGGUGGAAGUGUUUGAGCAGAUUGUAGUGGAAUACAGGCACAACCUUAAAAAAUUUGGGAAUAUUGAAGCUGGUGAUGGGGCCCAGAUCCAAAAGAACCAAAAGGAAAAGAUAUCAACAUUUCUUUUUGAAUGGCAGCAGCUGCCAUAAGUAUCUUAUGGAAAUGUGGGGUGAAUCCCGUAGUUGAUUUUGUCUCUAACUAAUGUGUCUUACAUUGGAAUAGAAAAAAGUAAAGGUGAAAUUUAUAUGGAAAAAAUAACAAAGAAAAAAAAAACUAACCAACCAAGCGACAUUUCACGGAGAAAAGCUGAAAAACAUAACAGGUUGGUAGGACAACCAAACCAUUUUUUCAUGAUUUGUUUGGCUGGGGCAGUUGUAUUAUUCUUCGGAAGCUUUUAAAUUCAAUGAACGCAGUAAAAUAAAGAGUAA